AUGGGCACUGAUCCUGCCCACCCGCAGGCGCAAGCAUGCAAGCUCGCCGAUUCAGCAGACGACAGCUCAUUUAGAUUUACUCCUAUCAAAGCCAUUCGAGCCCUGCCCCGUCUGUGGGAGCGCAAACAAGCGACACCCUUUAAAGGCGGACUGAAACCACGGAAACUUUGGAAACGCUUCCAAACAUCCUUCUCCAACAUGCAGACCCUCCAAGACACGACUGCUAUUAUCGAGAACGACGCACUACAAACCGCGAUCAAUACAUCCAAGGAUUCAAACUAUGUCCGGGGAACGAAACGCAUGCGUGUCGGUUCUGAAGAGAUUCAGAAUCGCAGCGAGGCUCCUCAGGCCGGUCGCUCAUUCUUCGAGACCAAAUGGGACUCAGAGGCUGCUCGGAAAAAACGGAAAUUGCCCGACUCGCCCUUCGAUAUUUUUGAUGAGAAGAAACAUAAUACACCUCUCUUUUCCGAAAGCCAAUUUGAUGGACCUGCAGAAAACACCAGCGCAAGCGAAAUCAGCAAGAAUAUCGAAAAUGUGAAUAUGGAAUUUGCGACGACCGCAUCCUCUCGGCCCUUUGGAAUGCCGCAAGGCCCCCAAGAGACCCCUGUAUAUCAAGACGAUGUCCAUGCUGAAAACUCAGGAUCGUCAGGUUCUGACUCGAUAGCCGCAAUCGACCAAGAGCCCAGUUUAGCAGUCGAGGAACAAUCUGCGGAUGGCGUUGAGGACCUACAGAGCGCAAGAACAGCCGAGGUGGCACCAACACCCACGAAGGCCGUGCGAGGUUUGACACAAGAGCAGAAGGGGAAGCUAGUACGCUCCGCAUUGCGGAGCUCGCUGGAUGGGGAAGACGCAGAGCUGCUCAAUGACUUCUUAUCAAAAGCCAAAGCUAAGCGUGCGGCUAAGGCAACCUUGAUGAACGCCCAAGAAUCAGAUGUGGACGUCUCCGAGAAAUCUUCGAGCUCCGAGGAUUCACCAGAUGCUGAAUGCGUAACUCCACGUUCACGUCGGGCCUUGGAGGAUUUGGACACGAACUCGCCAUCACCAAUCAAGGUCCAGGUUUCACCCUCGAAGAAGGCAGAUAUGAUCCCCGAAGACGCGACUCGAGAAAUCGUUGCUAAGAAGGAUCUUCAAGACGAUGAGCAAGCUCCCGGCAGUCCUGCAUACCGUCGCAGCACUCGUGUCAAAGCUCCGCCAGUAGAGGCGCCCGCUGCGCCUAACACAAUCUCUCUUCGACGCGCCAAGGGAACUGAAUUUGUUUUCUUGCAACGAACUGAAACCCAAGAACUAGCUUUGGCCACAAAGCGCAACACUCGCAACAAUAGAGGCAAAUCAGUCAUGCCCAAAUACGUACUUGAGGCGAUGUCGCAGCAUAAUGAGCUUUCGGGAGCGAAUGAAAGUGAUCGACCUGGACGGAAAGAGCGAAAGGGCACCAAUCACCGUCAAUCGCGCAAAAAUGUAUCUUGGAACGAGGAGCGCCUCGCAGAGUAUGAAGAUGAAGUACCAAGCUCGGAGUCCCAGGGAGAAGAGGAGGGUGCCAUCAGCAGGAAUGACGUCGGCGGUACUUCUCGUGCUCGAUCUGGAGCAAAGAAAGCAGACAAAGCAAUGUCCAGCAGCCGCAGCAGCCGAAGCCAAGUGCAGCAGGAGACUCGGGAUGAGAGCACAAAUGUCGAAAGCGGCCCGACCACUUCGACUUCUGCAGCACCGCGAUCACGACGGGUGCGGCGCCUCGGUGAAUCGACGAUGACCUCCAGCACCCCUGUGAAGACAGGUAGUGGCCGGAUCAGCAAGCCUCCCGUCGCUCCGACCCCCGCAGUGGCUGCUGGAGGGCCCUCAACUCCUACUAAGAGUCGCCGGAAGCUGGUUCCAAAGUCUCCCAGUUCGUCAAUGAUUCCUACUCCAGCUACGAAGAGCUCCGAGCAGUCUUUUGCUAGUGGAAUUCCCACUCGAAGUAUCGCCAGCGAGGGGCCAAAGCGAAAGAGCAUGCUGGAAGCCAGUGCAGGGUGUACCCCUAUGCCGAAGCGGGUGCGAGCUCGGACUUAA